GACUGAGAGGAGGAGUAGCUGGUGCAGUAACAACAUCCUGGAUAUUGGAGCCUGGCGGCGCACACGGCUGCAGAAAUAAAGGAGGACCCAAGACAUAAACAGUUCGCCUAACGGGAGGUUAGGGUGGACGUGAAGAUAACGACUCGACCCAACCCGUUCUGACCCAGAGAAGCUUUCGGAUCCAAGCGAGGAUCAUGUAUCAGAAUGAUGACAAGACCCUCACGAGCAAGUGGAAUCAGCUGUGAUCUACGGGACAACUCCAUUUCUAAGAGAUAAGCAGACAUUCGGCAGUAAAGCUCCACAAUGAGAUAAUAGUGCGGCUUACGCAAAAAACGACCUUGACCCUUAUCCCACCAUAUUUCAGUUCUUUAUUAAAAUAUGACCACGCCGGCUCUAUUGCCGCUAUCGGGACGUAGGAUACCUACCCUCUCGCCAGGUGCCUCCUCAUUCCCCCAUCACAGAGCCACCUUAAGGCUCUCAGAGAAGUUCAUCCUCCUCCUCAUCCUCAGUGCCUUCAUCACCUUGUGCUUCGGAGCGUUUUUUUUCCUCCCGGACAAUUCCAAACACAAGCGCUUUGACUUUGGUUUGGAGGACGUGUUGAUACCGCACAUCGAAUCAGAGAAGGAGUCGAGGCACAGCAGCAGACAGGUCAUACAUGGCAUAGGAGGUCAUGACGAGCAUCGGCACAGGGAAGAAGAGGAGAGCCUUCGUGACAAGAUCCGUGCAGAUCAUGAGCGUGCACUGCAGGAAGCGAAGGAAAAGCUCCGCAAAUCCAAAGAGGAGCUGAAGGCAGAGAUCCAGACAGAGAAGACCAAGGUAGCCGAGGACCUGAAGAAGAAAGAUGGACCCAAACCAUUGCCUCCAGUACCUAUGCCCAAACUGGUAGGGGUCAGUGACGGUGACCCUGAGGAUCCUGACACCAAGGAAAAGAGGGACAAAAUCAGAGAGAUGAUGAAACAUGCGUGGGACAGCUACAGGCAAUACGGCUGGGGCCACAACGAGCUCAAACCCAUCGCCAAGAAAGGACAUUCCACUAAUAUCUUCGGUAAGUAAGUGUUGGAGUCUCAU